GGUGGUGUAUACCAUCACUCUGGAAUUGAAAGUGGAAUACUAUCACAGUUUUUAGUGUCUCCUGAAUUGCAGAAGUUGACGUCAGUUUCAAUGCAAGUUAAUGUUGAUGGACUUCCACUUUUCAAAAGCUCAAAUGCCCAGUUCUGGCCAGUUCUUGGUUUAAUUGAGCAAUACGUGUGUAAUGUCCAACAAAACAAACUUCCAUUUGUCAUUGGUCUCUAUUAUGGGAAGAAGAAGCCAAGCAGCCUUCACUUUUUGAAUCCUUUUGUAGAAGAGGCACAGCGACUUGAAGCGGAAGGAGUUCUGUUUGAAAGGAGAGCACUUCCUUUCAAAAUAUCAACAUUUAUCUGUGACGCCCCUGCUCGUGCACUUGUUCGAAAUGUGAAAGGUCACAGUGGAUAUUAUGGGUGUGACAAGUGUGUUCAAAAGGGGGUCCACUACGAGAACAGGAUGACCUUUCCUCAAACAGAUUCUGCUCCAAGAUUAGACCAUGCAGUCCGUGACGAACUUUCUGAUGACAGUCAUCAGUGUGGAGAAACGCCAUUGGCAUUGUUGUCUGUUGGUUUGGUCACCCAGUUCCCACUGGAUUAUAUGCAUCUGGUAUGCCUUGGAGUGACAAGAAAGUUGUUGCAUCUUUGGCUAAAGGGACGGCGGCUGACAAGAUUUUCGCCCAGCAUGGUAAAAGAGCUCUCCAGAGUACUCCUGACCUUCACACCUCAUGUUCCGUGCGAGUUCAACAGGAAGCAACGAUCCAUGGAAGAUGUUGAGCGUUGGAAAGCUACAGAAUUCAGGCAGUUCCUCUUGUACACUGGACCAGUCAGCUUAAAAGGCCUUGUACCAACUCAAGUGUACAACAACUUCAUGCUGCUUUCAGUUGGCAUCACCAUCCUACUGAAUGUGUCCCUGUGUGCUGACCUUGCAGACUAUGCACACAGAAUAUUGGUUCUCUUUGUUGAUCACUGCAGCAAGCUUUAUGGAAAAGAACAUGUGACAUACAACAUGCAUGGAUUGGUGCACCUCAGCCAAGAAGCCAAAAAGUAUGGCGUCCUUGAUAACAUAUCAUGCUUCCCAUUUGAAAACUUCCUUGGGUGUCUGAACAAACUGUUGCGCAAGCCUGCACAACCACUGGAGCAGGUUGUUCGCCGAUUGUCAGAGAGAAGUCAGCACAGAAGAACAAACAUCUCCAAAACAAGGUCCUUGAGAGAGCACAACCAUGGACCACUUCUCAACGGUCUUUCUGUGAAAAAGCAGUAUGAGGAGUGUUACUUUCAAGACUUUGUUGUGAAACGUUCAGAGGGAGACAACUGUGUCCUGUUGGAAAAUAAAGACAUAGUUGUUAUACAGAAUGUCGUCGUUGAUGAAAUGGACAACACUUUGCUCAUCUACAAGAGGUUCCGGAACAUGGUCGAUUUCUUCACUUACCCUGUGGAAUCUUCCAAGCUAGGCAUUUUUCAUUUAUCUGGCCUAUCAGAUACACUCCGCUAUACCCUUAUAGCAAAUGUGCAGAAGAAAUAUUAUCUUCUUCCUUGCCUGGAUGGAAAGGCUGGUUUUCCGUUGAUCCACUUGUAAAAAUGACUGCUUUUUUUGAAGGGAUGCUGUUUGCCAUUGUUCAGUUUAUUGAUGAGGAGGAUCAGCCAUUUGCAGUGGUUCCGCAAGUGUGGCUCAGCGAGGGCAUGUGCUAUUGGCCCCCAUUUAACCUCCGCAAAAAAGACAAAGGCAACAAUUUAGCCAUCCGCUGCACGCCUCCACACAGCACCUGGGAGAAACAUCAUUUUAAGUUU